AUGACAACUAGUGGAAUUGUCACUCCGAUGCCAGCUUUUGCUCCAGUCGAGAGAUCCGAGGAGGAUGAAGACAAUGCGGUAUUUGUAGACGCGCUUCCCGUGGUAGUUGGCCUUGGUGAUGAUGAUAUUGUUUCACUGCUAGUUGAAGCUGUCGCUGUCGCCGAAACCGGUGUAUCCGAUGUUGCCGUCGUAGGCUGCAGCGAAGAGCUUGGAGCAUAA